UGUCAGCGACUUGUUGCUACCAUAGUAACGGCAACCGAAAAAAGCGUAAACAAAAGGUGAAAAAGUUUUGCAGAAUGUGAGCAAUAAUUUAGCAUAGACCAAAAUUGGUGUAUAGUCCUGUGAGUCCUUCAAAAAUGUCGUUCGAGAAAAUAUUGUACAAAUACGAUGAGCCGCAUGGCAUUGGUGACGUAUACUUCAUAUGGCAAAAGAGCGCGGGCGCUUUGCUGGCCACAACGGGCACCGACGGUUCUGUGGCAUUGUACAAUCGCCAAGGGCAGCUAGUGCAACGGAUUAUAUUAUCCGGUUUGUGCUCUGGCUUUGCCUGGGAUUGCGAAGGUGAGCUUUUGGGCAUCAUCACGAGCAGCUCGCCAAAUAUCACGCUUUGGGAUUACUCGACACAGCAGAAAGUAACUGUAGAGUCAGGGCUGCGUGAUCCACUCACAUGCAUACUAUGGUCCAAGCAACAGCAACUGCUUGCUGUGGGCACUGGGCGCGGCAAUUUGGCCAUCUACAAUCAUCAGAACGGUAAGCGGACGCCGGUUCUAGGAAAGCACAGCAAGCGCAUCACAUGCGGAGCUUGGUCAGCGCAGAAUCUGUUGGCACUUGGUUCUGAUGACAAGAGCUUUUCACUGAGCAGUGAAGAUGGCGACACGGUACGAAUUGUUCAGUUGCGGGAUGCGCCUACGGAUAUGUAUUUUGCUGAGAUGGCCAAUGAUGAGCGGAUUGUCGGCGACAAUGCUAUCAGCAUGAUUAUUGGAAAGCGCACACUCUUCUUGUAUUACUUGCCGGAGCCGGAGAAUCCCACAGAGUUGGGAUUUCAAAGCCGCUAUGGAUCUCUUCUGCAGCACAAAUGGUUUGGUGAUGGGUACAUACUGUUGGGAUUCUCAAAUGGUCAUGUUGUGGCCAUCUCAACGCAUCCCAAAGAUGUUGGCCAAGAGCUGUGGCAGGUGAGGAAUCACAAGGAUACGCUGAGCGGCUUGGCCUACUGCCCCUCACUGGACAUUGUUGCAUCCUGUGGUGAUGAUAACAUUAAGAUCCACUCGAUAACCAACUUGCAGGAAACGGAACGCAUCAUAACCGUUCCGGAUCAUGCCAGCGUGCAAAUGAUCGACUGGUCACCAGAUGGACAGUUACUAGCGGUUACCACCAGUGGUGGAACUGUGUACACAUACGUUACCAAACUGCCGCAUAUGUUUGCCGUCUCUGCGCCCCGUCUGGUCAUGCUGAGUAGCCUGGCCGAAGUGUCCAUCUAUGUGUAUGCACCAGACAAAUCCAAGGUUCUACCAUUUCGCCUACCCCUGGAGACGGAGCCCACAUUUCUCGCCAUUGGACCAUAUACUUUGGCCGCUGGCUUAGACAAACAUGUGUGGUUCUAUGAUCUGGGGAAAAGCUUGGGCGAUGAACCACGUCCAUUAAGCGAACGCGAUUUACCCCACAACAUUGUAGCGAUGAAGCUAAACACAGAUUACUGUGCUGCAUUGUGUCCACCACAGUUGUUGCUGCAAGCCAUCUCCGCCGAUAAUCCUAAUUGCAAGGACAAGAUGCAGGCGAGUUUCCCAAGUGCAUUGCCCACAAUGCCCAGCGAUGCGGUGAUUACUUGCUUUGCCCUCAGUCAGGAGUUGCUCAUUUUUGCUACAGAUAUUGGACAUCUAGUCUUUUACUCACUGGAGAAGUGGGACACCUGCACCAUCUAUCGCCACAGCAAUGGCAUUCGUCAGUUGUUCACAGAUGUCGAUGGCACAAAAAUCAUUUUCAUUGACGAACAUGGUCAAGGAUUUGUCUAUUUGCCCGCCUUGGAUCAGGAGGCACUCUUGAUUGCGGACUUGCCCAAGCAAUGUCUGGGCUGCCUCUGGGACUUGACGCAACCGAAUAUCUUUAUUAGCCACGACACACGAGUUGUGUACACUCAUGUCUUUGCCCGCCACUCGGUUCGCGGGCGACACACGAUAAAGGUGGGCGAAUCCAAGCUGAAUCCGGGUCAGGUGCCACUGCUGCUAUGCGCUGGUGAAAUGGCACUGCACAUCGAUGGCGGCCAGUAUGCCACACAAUCUCUGAGCACGCAUGUCGUUAAUCCCAGCAAUUCGCAAAGCGACAAUCUGUUGCUACUCCUGCGGCUCAAGAAAUAUGAUGAGGCUUACAAGCUGUGCGAACAAAUGAAAUUGGACAGCGCUUGGCGGCAGUUUGGGGAACAUGCGAUCGCUGAUUUGGAGCCAGAGAUUGCAUUGCGCGCCUAUCGUCAACUGGGAGAUGCUGGAUUGGUGAAUGCGUUGAGUGAAAUGCGCUACAUUGAGGAUCUCCACAUGCUGAAUGGCUGCUGUUGCAUGUUGUUGGCCCAGUACGAUCAGGCGAAGGAGUAUUUGCUUAAGGGCGCUUACACGCGUGCCGCUCUUGACUUGAGUAGAGAUCUGUUGCAAUGGGAUCAGGCACUGUUGUUGGCCCACAAAUAUGAGCCCCUAGAGGUGCCUUUCAUAGCACGCGAGUAUGCUCAACAGUUGGAAUUCACUGGCAAUUAUGCGGACGCAUUGUAUCAUUAUGAGAAGGGCUACAAGGAGGACUUAAUCAAUAAUGAGGACUCAGAGCCGCCAACAUUGCUGCACAGCUCGCCCGAGUACGAGGAGCAUGUCCGCCUCUGCAAAAUGGGCAUAGCACGAACCUCAAUUCGUGCUGGAGAUUUUCGACGUGGCAUUCAAUAUGCCGUCGAGCUGCAGGACAAGCAGCUGUUGUUCGAUUGUGCUGAGCUGUUGGCCACUGUGGGUCAUCUGACCGAGGCUGCAGGUUUAUACGAACGUGGCGGCUACUAUGACGAGGCCUGUGGCCACUAUAUCGCUCUGAAGAUGUGGCACAAGGCCAACAAUAUACUGCCGCAGGUGAAGAGCAGCAAGCUGCAUGCAGCUUAUGCCAAGGCGAAAGAGUCAGAUGGUCAAUUCGAGGAAGCUAUACGCAGCUAUCGCAUCGCUGGUGAUUUGGAUGCUUGUGUACGCAUUUAUCUGGAUCACUUGUGUGAUCCGCAUGCUGCUUCUGAAAUUGUGCUCGAAUCCCGUUCAAUGGAUGCGGCCAAGCUGCUGGCCAAAUUCUAUCAGAAGAUUGGCGACAUUGAGCAGGCGCUGCAAUUUCUCGUCAUCUGCGGCUGUGUGGAGGAGGCAUUUGCUCUCGCUCAGCGGCACAACAAACUGCGGCGUCAUGGCGAGCUGUUGGAACGCUAUGAGAAUGCCAAAUCUGCUGAUUAUUUGGCAUUGGCGCAUUACUUUGAGAGCGAGAAGUAUACACUGCUGGCUGGCAAAUAUUAUUUCCUGGCCAGAGAGUUCACUAAAGCGCUUCGAUUUCUGCUGAAAGCAUCAGCAUUCAGUAACGAAGAGUCACAGGCUCUGUCGCUGGCCAUUGACUGUGUGGCGACCUCAAAUAACGAACAGUUGGCUACACAGCUUAUUGAAUUCCUUCUAGGCGAAUCGGAUGGUGUGCCCAAGGAUCCGCGUUACUUGUUUCGCCUGUAUAUGGCGCGCAAGCACUACAAGGAUGCAGCCAAAACUGCUGUUAUCAUUGCCAACCAGGAACAACUGGCAGGCAACUACAAAUCGGCUAGGGAUCUGUUGUACUCCAUGUACCAGGAAUUGCGGCGCAACAAUCUCUCGGUCACUGCAGAGAUGCGGCACAACUUGAUACUGCUGCAUCGCUAUACACUGGUACGCAUCCAUGUCAAGCUGGGCAAUCAUCUGCUCGCCGCCAAGCUGCUUGUCCAAGUGGCUGCGUGUAUAUCGCAGUUUCCCGAACAUAUUGUUCCCAUACUGACAUCAACGGUGAUUGAAUGCCAUCGUGCUGGUCUGAAGAAAUCCGCCUUCACCUACGCUUCGAUGCUAAUGCGACCAGAUUAUCGCAAUCAGUUGGACGGACGUUACAUCAAGAAAGUCGAGUCGAUUGUGCGUAAGGCGCCAAAAGGCAUAAAGCAGCUACGCGAUGAAAUCGAUGAUGAGACAAUGGAGUGCCCCAUUUGUGAUGCUAACUUGGCUAACAUGGAAGUUACCUGCUACAACUGCAAGACUACGCUGCCUAUUUGUAUCGCAACUGGUCAGCACAUCAUCAAACAACAAAUGACAUCGUGUCCACAAUGCGAUUUCCUUUGCUUUCGCGCGGAGAUGGAGAACAUCCUAUCGGAGUAUGACGACUGUCCCAUGUGCGGAGAACGUGUUCCGCCCGAGCAACUGCUCGAUGUGGAGGAUAUACGACCCUAUAUCUUGGCCGCCUCCUAGACUUUUUAUUUAGAUUCUAAGCAAGAGAAUUAGACUGCACUUCACACCAAAUAGUAAUUAUAAGCAAUAAAAGGCACAAAUUUCACUGCAAAAAUUCGUUGAU